UCACGAUUUGACAACUCAGCGCUACUCUUGGGGCUCUCGCAGUUUUUUCUCUUGCAGUUGAUUUCAGCUACUCUUCUAUCCUUACACUUGACUCAGUUACGAUCGUGUUUUCAUUCUCAUUCUCCAAAUAACCACCUGAAUUAACAGAAAAUGGGCAAUGAAAGUUCACUUCCCAUGGAGAUGUGCUCAAACUUUGAUGCUGAUGAAAUCCGAAGACUUGGGAAGCGUUUUCGGAAGUUAGAUCUUGACAACUCCGGUUCACUCAGUGUGGAUGAGUUUAUGUCUUUGCCUGAGCUUCAACAAAAUCCACUUGUUCAGAGAGUUAUUGACAUAUUUGACCAAGAUGGAAAUGGAGAAGUAGACUUUAAAGAAUUCAUUCAAGGUGUUUCUCAGUUCAGUGUCAAAGGUGAUAAAGAAUCAAAGCUGCGCUUUGCUUUUCGCAUUUAUGAUAUGGAUAAUGAUGGAGCCAUUUCAAAUGGAGAACUGUUUCAAGUGUUGAAAAUGAUGGUGGGGAACAACUUGAAAGAUACUCAGCUGCAGCAGAUUGUUGACAAAACUAUUCUCUUCGCAGACAAAGACGAAGACGGGAAAAUCUCUUUUGAGGAAUUUUGCGCUGUGGUUGGAAACACAGACGUUCACAAAAAGAUGGUUGUUGACGUAUAAGAAAUUAAACUAUACUUCAACCAAGCGAUAUUUUUCAUGUGUUGCACCGAGAGUUCCCUGUGGUUAAGCAAGAAUUUUUUUUAUUGCGUGUCAUAUCUCGUCUUCGUGUUGCAUGAGAUAUCUUCGAUUGGAUUGUUCAUUUUUGCCCACUAGUUCUAGCAGGUGGAUCGCCCGGAAGUAUUAUUUUUUUUAAUUGUUACUACUAUGGGCGAUCGACUGCGGAUGUUUUCUUCUUAAGAGAAAUCGCUCUUUUUUGCGCGCGUCUGGUCCCCUAGGUUGUGUCUAGAGCGAAUUUCGACUUUAUCAUUUAAAGUACUGUUUGCCUGCAUUUGCCGUACUUCCUUUUUCCGUUGUGUAUUUCAAAUUGAAAAUUUAUAAUUAUUUUUCCGAUCACCAUGAAACCAGUCGAUCCUUUUUCUGCUCUUCACGCCCGCUUUGACCCAGUUGGCUUUUUUUUUGUGUGUGUUAUAAGAAAUAGUCGGUGUAUGGGGUUUUCAAUCCCGUCCUCCAUGACGUAACUUUUUUUCUUUUUUCAAUCUAUACAUUUUUUAACCUGUCCAUUUUCUCCUUUAUAUUCAAUACUUACCUCUCCCGUUUUUCGAUUUCAAAUAAAAUACACUUCGAUUUUCUUGCAGAAAA